AUGUCAUGUAUUGUAGGACUUCGGGAGUUCGCAGGCGUGAAUAAGUUAAGCAAUACAAUAUCAAAUGAUUACAUAAUCGCAGGAAAAGUUACAGGAAGAUACGUUCUCCCAUUCGUUACCGUUAGGAUUAUAUUUGGCAUCAUAUUUUUUUCUACGUUGUUGAUCUACACAUAUCGAAGAAGACAUUCAUCGAUAUACGAAAAUAUUGAAGGUUUUCUGCAAGGUAAUACUCUCACGCCAAUAAGGUAUUCAUAUAAAGAGAUAAAGCAGAUGACAAAGGGUUUCAAGGUAAAAUUGGGUGAAGGAGGCUAUGGAGACGUGUAUAGGGGUAAGCUAAUAAGUGGACCAUUUGUAGCCAUAAAGAUGUUGAAGAUAAAACCAAAUGCUAAUGGGCAAGAAUUCAUAAGUGAAAUUGCAACAAUAGGAAGAAUAUACCAUUCAAAUGUGGUAAGACUCGUUGGAUAUUGUGUUGAAGGAUUAAAACGUGCCCUUGUUUAUGAGUACAUGCCCAACGGCUCUCUUGAUAAAUAUAUCUUCAACAAAGAAGAAGUUAUAUCUUUAACUUACAACCAAAUACAUGAGAUAUCUCUAGGAGUAGCACGUGGAAUUUCUUAUCUCCAUCAAGGUUGUGAUAUGCAAAUUUUGCAUUUUGAUAUUAAGCCUCAUAACAUCCUUCUUGAUGAAAAUUUUGUCCCAAAAGUUUCAGAUUUUGGUCUUGCAAAGCUUUAUCCUAUUGAUAAGAGUAUUGCCACUUUGACAGCUGCAAGAGGAACAAUUGGAUACAUGGCUCCAGAAUUGUUCUACCAAAAUAUUGGAAGAAUAUCUCAUAAAGCCGACGUGUAUAGCUUUGGAAUGCUUUUGAUUGAAAUGGCUAGUAGGAGAAGAAAUUUGAAUUCACACGCUGAGCAUUCAAGUCAACUAUAUUUUCCCUUUUGGAUUUAUGAGCAAUUGGUUAAAAAUAGGGAGAAAGAAAUGGAAGAUUUUAUCACCGAAGAAUUUAAUGAUGUUUUGAAGAAAAUGUUCAUGGUUGCUCUUUGGUGUAUACAGCUAAAACCUAUUGAUCGACCUUCAAUGAGCAAAGUGGUGGAGAUGCUUGAAGGAGAUAUUGCAAAUAUUGAAAUGCCUCCAAAGCCUGUGCUAUAUCCACGUGAAACAAUUCAAGAGAAUCUUGAUACUGGAUCAAAGGAAACUGAAACUGAUAUUGGCUCUACCAGUUAUGUGGAGGAAAUUGAAAGCAAUUCUUUGUUAAAGUAUUCUGCUUGA